AUGAUGGUGGGGGUGUGGUCCCUGCUUCUCCUCUGGGGUCUGUUAACUCCCUGCCAGGGCCUUCUUGAGACAGUGGGCACACUUGCUCGGAUCGACAAGGAUGAACUCGGCAAAGCCAUCCAGAAUUCACUAGUCGGGGGACCCAUUCUGCAGAACAUCCUGGGGACAGUGACAUCCGUGAACCAGGGCCUCCUGGGCUCUGGAGGGCUGCUCGGAGGAGGUGGCUUGCUGAGCUACGGAGGGAUUUUUGGCGUAGUUGAAGAGCUAUCUGGGCUGAAGAUUGAGGAGCUCACGCUGCCCAAGGUAACUCUGAAGCUGCUGCCAGGGUUCGGGGUGCAGCUGAGCCUGCACACCAAGGUGGGCCUGCAUGGCUCGGGCCCCCUGGGGGGCCUUCUGCAGCUGGCAGCAGAGGUGAACGUGUCGUCGCGGGUGGCCCUGGGCGUGAGCGCGCGUGGCACGCCCAUCCUCAUCCUCAAGCGCUGCAGCACACUCCUGGGCCACAUCAGCCUGCUGUCUGGCCUGCUGCCUGCACCACUGUUUGGGGUCGUGGAACAGACGCUCUUCAAGGUGCUGCCAGGACUGCUCUGCCCCGUGGUGGACAGUGUGCUGGGCGUGGUGAAUGAGCUUCUGGGCACUGUGCUGAGCCUGGUGCCCCUGGGAGCUCUUGGCUCCGUGGAAUUCACUCUGGCUACACUGCCUCUCAUCUCCAACCAGUACAUAGAGCUGGACAUCAAUCCUAUUGUGAAGAGCGUGGCUGGAGACGUCAUUGACUUUCCCAAGCCCCCCAAGCCCAUCAAAGUUCCCCCGAAGGAGGACCACACAUCCCAGGUGACAGUGCCACUGUACCUCUUCAACACCGUGUUUGGACUCCUGCAGACCAAUGGUGCCCUUGACAUAGACAUCACCCCGGAUCUGGUUCCCAGUAACGUCCCACUGACAACCACAGACCUGGCAGCUCUGGUUCCAGAGGCCCUGGGCAAGCUGCCUCCGGGCCAGAACCUCCUGCUGUCACUGCGGGUGAAGGAAGCGCCCACUGUCACCCUCCAGAACAAGAAGGCCACGGUGUCCAUCCCAGCCACCAUCCACGUGCAGUCCUACGUCUCUAAAGGGACUCCCGAAGCUCUCUUUGACCUGAACGGGGUUCUGACUCUAAAUGCCCAGCUGGCUCCUUCGGCGACCAAGCUGCAUGUUUCCCUCUCCCUGGAACGGCUCAAAGUCAAGUUGGCCUCCUCCUAUUCCCAGGCCUUUGAUGCAUCCCGUUUGGAAGAGUGGCUCAGUGAUGUGAUCCGGGCAGCAUACGUGUCAAAGCUCAAUGUGGCUCUGGAUGUUGGAAUCCCCCUGCCUAAGGUCCUCAAUGUCAAUUUUGCCAAUGCAGUCCUGGAUAUUAUAGAGAAUGCCAUUGUGCUGACCGUGACAUCCUGA